CCCUCUUGAGAGAGAUGGGAGGACCAGCAUCACUGUAGCUGAGGAUUAAGACUUCAUGUUUGAGGCUUCCAGGAGGCAAAGACAGCAAAAGAGGCAGAAACUGGGAGAAGAAAGUUGACAAAAGACAAAAGUUAGGGGGUGGGGGUCUGAUCUAUUAACUGAGACCUGGCCCUGGCUUUGACAGCUUUAGGGCACUGGCACCUGAAGCUAGUGUAGAGUUAGAGUAAGAUUGCUGGGGGUAUCAGAUUGGAAGAGGGUGGAGGAGUUAAUGACCAAAGGGGAAGGGCUGCCCUCUGUUGGAAUAGAGGAUCCAAGGAGCAGCACCAAAGGACUGGAAAGGGACGCCCUAUCCUUCCCAAGCUACCUAGGACCAGAAGUGAAGGUGAAAGUGAAAGAAAAUAUGCAGAAAGAGGCCAGAGGCUUCUUUAGGAGGGUAGAGGCAAAAGCGAAAGCGGGAAGUGUCAGCUUCAGCAGUGGAGCUCCACAGCAGCAGAGGCUGAGGCCUUUCUACUCUCCUUGGCCCCAUUCAUCUAACCGAUCCAUCAACUCCUGAUCCCAAUUCUCCCUGCCUGCUCCUAGAUGCUGAAGUCCGCGCAGGAGCCCCGAGGGGGCUUCUCCUUCGAGAACUGCCAGAGAAACGCAUCCUUGGAACGUGUCCUUCCCGGGCUUCGGGUCCCUCAUGCACGCAAGACCGGCACCACCAUCGCAGGCCUUGUAUUCCGAGACGGGGUCAUCCUGGGCGCGGAUACGAGGGCCACUAACGAUUCAGUCGUGGCAGACAAGAAUUGCGAGAAGAUCCACUUCAUUGCCCCCAAAAUCUACUGCUGUGGGGCUGGAGUAGCCGCAGACGCCGAAAUGACUACACGGAUGGCUGCAUCCAACAUGGAGCUACACGCAAUGUCCACUGGACGCGAGCCUCGCGUGGCCACGGUCACUCGCCUCCUACGCCAGACGCUAUUCCGGUACCGGGGACACGUGGGCGCAUCGCUGAUCGUGGGCGGAGUAGACUUGACCGGACCACAACUCUAUGGCGUGCACCCCCACGGUUCCUACAGCCGACUGCCCUUUACUGCUCUGGGCUCCGGGCAGGACGCUGCCCUGGCGGUGCUGGAGGACCGGUUCCAGCCAAACAUGACGCUGGAGGCUGCACAGGGGCUGCUGGUGGAAGCUAUUACCGCAGGAAUCCUGGGUGACUUGGGCUCUGGGGGCAGCGUGGAUGCAUGUGUGAUCACCGCAUCAGGUGCCCAGCUGCUGCGGACACUGAGCUCGCCCACAGAGCCUAUAAAGAGGCCUGAUGGCUACCGCUUUGCACCUGGAACCACAGCCAUUCUGACCCAGACAGUGAAGUCAUUGAACUUGGAGCUCCUAGAAGAAACUGUGCAGGCCAUGGAGGUGGAGUGAAGUUGUCUGGGGUUUACAGCUAAGAACAAGGGGGAAUAAACCCAGAAAAUA